AGUACAAGAGCCCUCCCCCUGUAACAUUUGAAGGAGGUUCUCCUGACAGUAGCUGUUUGCCAUCAACUGUUUCAACAAGGCGGCGUCAGCCUGAAGUCACUGAGAAGAAUCCUGUCAGAAUGUCAAGCUCCCUGGUUGUGUGUGAAGUGGAUGAAAGUCUAAAAGAGAAACUGAAAAAAUUUAGAUUUCGGAAAGAGACCAACAAUGCCGCCAUACUCAUGAAAAUAGACAUGGAGAAACAGCUUGUUAUCCUUGAGGAGGAAUAUGAGGAUAUUUCAAUGGAUGACCUGAAAAAUGAGCUUCCAGAGCGCCAGCCCAGAUUUAUUGUCUACAGCUACAAAUACAUCCAUGACGACGGGAGGGUGUCCUACCCCCUCUGCUUCAUCUUUUCCAGUCCAAUGGGAUGUAAACCCGAGCAGCAGAUGAUGUACGCAGGCAGCAAGAAUCGACUGGUCCAAGCUGCAGAGCUCACAAAGGUCUUUGAAACCAGAAAUGUUGAUGACCUGACAGAAGAAUGGCUGAAAAACCAGCUGGCAUUUUUCCGCUGAAUCCAUCUCCAACAUCAUUUGCUCUAUCAGCCUUUGUGACAGUUAUUUGAUUUCCAUGCUUUAAGUAUUCACUUCAUUCAUUUUUUGUGAAAUUUUGCAGCUGAUGUUUCCUACAGUGAAUGUAUGAAUUAGAACGAAAAAAAGCACAUAAAAAACAAUAUUUGUCUAAAA